AGUGAACGAGAUCUUUCUAAAGGUGGAGCAGAUUCUGAACGUCAGUCGUCCUCUGUUUCUCCUGUGAUGUGUCUCGUAAGAUCAGGCUGAAGACAUAAAGGCUCCUCAGAAGAUGUGAGAUGAAAGCGAAGCUCCUCAAAAGAUCCCCGUGAUCGGGUUCUUCUAGAAAACGGUUGAUGGAGAAUGGAGUAAAGACAGUAAGAGUCCAUCUGGAGAUGUGAGCUUUACUUGAUCACAAUCAGUCCAGAUCUGAGCCCAGAAGAUGAAGAAUGAAGAGCUUUGACUGAAUCAGACGCUAAACUCUCAUCAGAGACAGAACACACCGGGACACUUCAUGGUUACUGCUCUUGAAAAAAAAAAAUUGAUCUUGAGAAGUGCUGAGUGUGUGUCGGGGACAGCAUGGCUCCUCGGCCGUCCUCAGGAGAGUUAUGGGGCCUUCACCUGAUGCCUCCUCGGAUCCUGGUGGACUGCUGCCUGCCGAACGGGAUCCUGGUGAGUCUGGAGUGUCUGAGAGAAGCUCCUCUGACCAGCAUCAAGCAGCAGCUCUUCAGUGAGGCCCGCAAAUACCCGCUCUACCACCUGCUGCAGGAGGAGUCCUGCUACAUCUUCGUGGGAGUGACCCAGGAGGCCGAGCGCGAGGAGUUCUACGACGAGACACGACGUCUGUGUGACCUGCGCCUCUUUCAUCCCAUCCUGAAAGUCAUCGAGCCGCUCGGGAACAGAGAAGAGAAGAUCCUCAACCGGGAGAUCGGUUUCGCCAUAGGUAUGCCGAUCUGUGAGUUCGAGCUGGUGAAGGACCCGGAGGUGCAGGACUUCCGCAGGAACAUUCUGAGCGUGUGCAGGGAGGCGGUGGAGGAGCGUGAAGGUGGAGGAGCACACACUCAGGCUCUCUACGUCUAUCCUCCCAAUGUGGAGUCCUCCCCCGACCUGCCGCAGCACAUCUACAGCAAACUCGACAAAGGCCGCCUGAUCGUCACUAUCUGGGUGAUCGUGUCCCCGUCUAACUCCAAGCAGAAGUACACUCUGAAGAUAGCACACGACUCUCUGCCGGAGCAGCUGAUCGCAGAGGCCAUCCGCAAGAAGACGCGCAGCAUGCAUCUGUCUGCGCAGCAGCUGCGUCUCUGUGUGCAGGAGUACCAGGGCCAGUACAUGCUCAAAGUGUGCGGCUGCGACGAGUAUCUGCUGGAGAAGUACCCCCUCAGCCAGUACAAGUACAUCCGGAGCUGCAUCACGCUGGGCCGGCUGCCUCACCUCAUGCUGGUCAGUAAGGACAGUCUGUACAGUCAGCUGCCGUCCAGCGGCUUCAUGGCCCCGUCCUACAGCCGCCGCACACCUCAGCCCAGCCCCUGCCCCGGAGGAGCCGACCCCGGGGCCCCGCGCUCCCUCUGGGCCUUCAACACACACCUGAGAGUCCGGCUCCUGUGUGCCACCUACGUCAACGUUAACAUCAGAGACAUCGACAAGAUCUACGUCAGGACAGGAAUAUAUCACGGAGGAGAACCGCUGUGUGACAACGUCAACACACAGAGAGUGCCCUGCUCCAACCCGAGGUGGAACGAGUGGCUGUCGUAUGACAUCUACCUGACCGACGUCCCUCGCUCGGCCCGCCUCUGUCUGUCCAUCUGCUCCGUCAAGGGCCGCAAGGGAGCCAAAGAGGAACACUGUCCUCUGGCCUGGGGAAACAUCAACCUCUUUGACUAUAAAGACACACUGGUUGGUGGGAAAGUGGCCCUGGGUUUGUGGCCGGUCCCUCACGGCCUGGAGGACCUGCUCAACCCCAUCGGAGUGUCCGGAUCCAACCCAAACAAGGAGACUCCAUGCGUGGAGCUGGAGUUUCCCUGGUUCAACCAGACCGUGGUGUUUCCUGAUGAGCAGCAGAUAGAAGAACACGCCAACUGGAGCAUGUCCAGAGAACUGGGAUACAGCUACUGUCUGGGACUGAGCAGUCGUCUGGCGUGUGACAGCUCGAUCUCGCAGACGGACGCUGAGCAGCUGCGCGCUCUAUGCAGUCGAGACCCUCUGUAUGAGCUCUCCGAACAAGAGAAGGACUUCCUGUGGAGACAUCGGCAUUACUGUGUGAAUAUUCCUGAAAGUCUCCCCAAACUCCUGCUGUCUGUGAAGUGGAACUCACGGGACGAGGUGUCUCAGAUCUACUGUCUCCUGAAGGACUGGCCUCUCAUGCAGCCUGAAUCUGCUCUGGAGCUGCUGGACUGUAACUUCCCCGAUCCAAUGGUGCGAGAGUUUGCCCUGCGCUGCCUGAUCCAGGGUCUGACGGACGACAAGCUCAGCCAGUACCUGCUCCAGCUCGUGCAGGUACUGAAGUAUGAGAUGUAUCUGGAUAACCCUUUAGCUCGCUUCCUGAUUAAGAAAGCACUGACCAAUCAGAGGAUCGGACAUUUCUUCUUCUGGCAUCUGAAGUCUGAGAUGCACAAUAAAACGGUGUCUCGGCGCUUCGGGCUGCUGCUGGAGGCGUUCUGCCGGGCGUGUGGCAUGUACCUCAAACACCUGAACAGACAGGUGGAGGCCAUGGACAAGCUGGUGAACCUCACGGACACGCUCAAGCAGGAGAAGAAGGACGAGACGCAGAAGACUCAGAUGAAGUUCCUAGUGGAGCACAUGUCCCGCCCAGAUUACAUGGAGGCUCUGCAGGGGUUUGUUUCUCCUCUGAACCCCGUACAUCAGCUGGGCAAUCUCAGGUUGGAGGAGUGCCGUAUCAUGUCUUCAGCCAAGCGGCCGCUGUGGUUAAACUGGGAGAAUCCAGAUAUCAUGAGCGAGCUGCUCUUCACCAAUAAUGAGAUCAUCUUUAAAAACGGAGACGAUCUACGGCAAGACAUGCUGACCCUGCAGAUUAUUAAAAUCAUGGAGAAUAUCUGGCAGAAUCAGGGGCUGGACCUGCGAAUGCUGCCGUACGGCUGUCUGUCCAUCGGUGACUGUGUGGGUCUCAUCGAGGUGGUGAAGAACUCACACACCAUCAUGCAGAUUCAGUGUAAAGGAGGCCUGAAGGGGGCGCUGCAGUUCAACAGCAACACACUGCACCACUGGAUCAGAGACAAGAACAAGGGAGAGGCGUACGACAGGGCCAUUGAUUUAUUCACCCGCUCGUGUGCUGGGUACUGUGUGGCCACCUUCAUCCUGGGCAUCGGUGACAGACACAACAGCAACAUCAUGGUGAAGGAGAACGGACAGCUGUUCCACAUCGACUUUGGUCACUUCCUGGAUCAUAAAAAGAAGAAAUUUGGAUACAAGCGAGAAAGAGUUCCUUUCGUUCUGACUCAAGACUUCCUGAUCGUCAUCAGUAAGGGUGUGCAGGAGUGUACGAAGACCAAAGAGUUUGAGAGGUUUCAGGAGAUGUGUUAUAAAGCAUACCUGGCCAUCCGUCAGCACGCCAGCCUCUUCAUCAACCUCUUCUCUCUGCUGCUGGGCUGCGGGAUGCCUGAGCUGCAGAGCUUCGACGACAUCGCCUACCUGCGCAAGACGCUAGCGCUCGAGAAGAACCAGCAGGAAGCUCUGGAGUACUUCACCAAGCAGAUGAACGACGCUCACCACGGAGGAUGGACCACCAAGAUGGACUGGAUCUUCCACACCAUCCGACACAUGCCCAACGAGCACUGACACACACACACACACACACACACACACACACACACACACACACACACACACACACACACACACACACACACACUCUCUCUCUCACACACACACA